GAGCACGUGCUCCAACUUGAUGUGCAAGAUGGCCGCUGGUCUUUCCCAAGAUCCUGCGGGACAACUCCAGCGCCUGGGCUCUUCUUUGGCUGUUUUAGCAAACGCACGAAGGGUGAAGGGCUUCGCGUGCAGACUGCUGACCAAAAAUAUCACCUUGCGACGUUUCGAUCCCUGAGGGAUCUUCUUCAGGUCUUGUACCAGGCAGAUGGGGGCUGUCCACGAUGGUGUUCUUUGGGUGCCUACUUGUCUAGAGUGCCUCCAUGGUGGAUCUUCUCUAUACCUCUUACUUGUACAUCUUUUGUGUGGUUGUCUGGUUGGCAGAAAUGUGCUGCUACCGGUUUAUCAGUUUUUUUGGUCCGGAUAUCUGAGCGAUGUCCAUUCAUCCUAAUGUGUAGAGGCUGUUAUGUCUCUCCCACGUAUUGUAGAUUGCACCUUUUGCAUGUUAUCAGAUAUACGAGGUUGCUCGGCCACCGGCAGGACAUACAACAUAAGAAGCGAGAUGACAUG